GUAUAAUUUUGGAGGAUGGAAUACAGGUUCUGCAAUGUCUCUUAGCUGUCCCUUUAUCCGCGCGACGCGUCAUUCACUGCUGACAACGAGCCAAGCGGACAUGCGUUGCUGUUUGUGCUUUAGCCUAAACCACUGUAAAGCAAUAAUGUUUCCUGGGUUCACAGACACCCACUGACGAGCUAGGUUUCCCAUAUCAGCUAGACCAAUACCUAUACGGUACAACUUGCGAACGUCAGCACUCUGCAGUAAAAGCUAUAGGAACGGUGCGACUAUAGCUGCUAUACCGCUGGCAGGAGCUUCUAACGUCAGGGACGAGCUGGGGUGGCUAGCGGCAUGAGCGAGGCAGCGUCAGUUAGCGGCCGCUCGGCGUCAUCCAGCCAAGAGGAUGCUACAAAAUACUUACGGAAAAAGCACCAAAAUGCGAAUUCACAAGAGGAGGAGGACCUGCUGGAGCAAAAGAGGACGCUUCAAGAGGCGGUCUUCACCAGCAUGUACACACUGGUGAAGGCCAAGCACUCGGAGAGCUGGAAGGUGGCGGUGGUCAAGACGGCCCUGGAGGGGCUCAUCCCGCUGCUGGUGCUGCUCAACCCGCACAUGGGCUGGCCCAUCGCCACCAACAACCCGCUGUGGCAGGUGGUGCGCUGGGUACUGCCCAGGGUGCCGGUGACGCGCAUCUGGACCUACGCCGCCUACGUGCGGUUGCUGUACGCGCUGGUGGCGCUCAUCUUCGGAGUGCUGGCGGCUAUUGCGCUGUUCACACUGUCCAUGCACAAGCAGGAGCCUCACAGCCGCUGGUUGCGGCGGUUCGGGUCGCUGCUGCAGACCUGCGCCGACCUCACCUUCACCACCCUCUACGUGGCCAUCUUCGACUUCCUGACCUUCCCCUUCAACUGCCGCUUCGGCCGCACCGGCAACCACCACACCUACUGGACCACUGUGGAAUGCCUGGCCGGAAGCCACGUGAUUGUGCUAGCGGUGGCGGGCACCACUGCGGCGGUGGCGCUGCUGGCAACCGCACUCAUGGCGGUAGCCAGCAGCGAGCUGAACCCGGUAGCUCGGGGCAUCCUGGCCUCGCCCGCCGCCGUCACCCGCAUGCGCAUUCUGGUGCUCAAGGCUAUCUUUGUGUGUGCGGCUCAUGCGUUCCACUCCUGGCCCAAAGUGCAGGCGAUUGCCAUGUUGAUCGCGGCAACUGGAACCACGUGGCUCAACUUCUCCGAGCUUCCCUUCCUCCGCAACUACGUCAACUAUGCCUGGGUGGGCCAGUGGGCCGGCAUUACCCUCACCGCUGUCGUUCACACCACAUGGGCCUUCAACAAACGCCGGCGGGAGGAUGACGUGGCACGACGGUACCUGCACAUGGUGUUGUACGGCAUCUUCCCGGUGGUUGCGGGGGGUGCGGGCGUUACGUGGGCGUGGGUGACGUGGCGGCUGCGGCCGGCGGUGAAGUUCAGGGAGGUGCCGGACAACACCAAACUGCGCAAGAUACACAAGUUUGGGGAACCUGAGGAGGUGGAGGUGCUGGCUCGGGUGAUGCGGCGCUUCAACUCGGACGGGCUGGUGUUCGAGGAGAGCGCAGCACUGGGGGAGACCAUCAUAAAGGCCGGCAUGGCUGUGUUCCCCGGCCACGUGGGUCUGCUGGUGCUGUACGCCAACUACCUAAUGGAGGUGCGCGGGGAUGGACCCGCGGCACGAACACACCUGCAGCUGGCACUCAAGGGGGGGCCCAGCCUGAUCCAGCGCUACCAGAUCUUCUACACCAUCGAAAACAGCAAGCGGCUGAAGGACGGCCAGGAGGGCGCGCUGGACCUGCAGAGCUACGUGGAGUUCAAGCGCAACUACCGCGCCGUCAUCCGCGUGCACAAGGCGGCGCUCACCGCGCAACGCGAGUUCUGGCAGCUGCUGCAGCGCUCGGCCGUGCGCAUGUCGGCGGUGGAGGAGGCGCUGCGGGGGCUAGAUCGCGCCACUCAGGCGGCACAGCAGGUGUACCUGCGUGUGCUGGAGCGCUACCCCAGCAACGGCAAGCUGCUGCGCUGCUACGGCAAAUUCCUGGAGGACGUGAAGAACGACCCGGCGGCGGCGGCCAGGGCGUAUGUGGAGGCGGCGAGGAAUGGUGGCAGCGAUGGACUGCUGUCGCUGGAUUUGAAGAUCCAAGGCAGUGACAAGCCCGAGUUCCUGACCUCCAUGGACCUGCACGAAGACGCAUGCAUCGUGAUCAAUGCCCAGGGGAUCAUUCUCAUGGUUAACGCGUGCGUCACCACGCUGUUGGGCUACUCCAAGGCGGAGCUGGAGGGAGCCAAUGUGAGCAUUAUCGUGCCGCAGCCCUUCGCCAGCCGCCAUGACGCUUACCUGCUGCGAUAUGUGCAGAGUAGCGAGGGGCGCAUCCUGGACACGGUUCGUGACGUGGUGGCCCAGCACAAGGAGCGCUACGUCUUCCCGCUGCAGAUCUGCGUCACCAAGCUCUCGGGAGUGGGAUCCGACUCCGUGUUCCUGGGCAUCCUGCGCCCCGCCCAGAUGGACUCCUACCACGUGCGCGCCUGGGUGGCGCCCAACGGAGUCAUCCUGUGCGCCGACCCGCAGUUCGCUUCCCUCACCGGCCUCACGGCGGAGGAGAUGGUGGGUCGCAACUUCCAGACGCUGUGUACCGACAUGGCCAGUGUGGAGGCGCUGCUGGACCUGUGCAGGGAGUCGCCGUACGAGGCGCUGGUCAGCGGGUCCAUCGUACGGAGGUUCGAUGUCGUACACAAGUACCUCCCCCCCGUCCCAGUCGACAUCCGAGUCACUGCCGGCGGCACCGACUCGCAGCGUGUGGUGGUGUUCAACGCGCACCGCACCGACGGCAAUGGCGACGGUCUGCUUGUGGUGGACUCCAAGGGCGCCGUCAACUUUGCAACCUGGGACGUGGCGGCGCUGCUGGGCUACCCGCUCACCAAGUUCCUCAAAAUGAAGGUCGACCAGCUGCUGCCGCAGCCCUUUGCAACCAUGCAUGCAAAACACCUCAAGGACCAGCCCACUGUCGUCCCCCCCUCCAGCUGCCGCGCGGGCAGUGUCGUACAUAUGGUCAACAGCAACGGAGUCAACGUGCCCGUACGAUUACACAUCACGACAAAGGACGACCCGGUGUCAGGCCGGGUGGACCACGUCAUCCAGGUCACCAAGGUUGACACCGCCGCCCAAUCCCGCUACCGCGACAAGCGCCUGGUGCUCACCGUCUCCCUGGACGGCACUGUCCUUUCCGUCGACCAGCCCCACGCCGCGCUCUUCGGCUUCCAGGCCGGAGCAGCCGUGGGCGUCAACCUGGCGGACUGCAUCGACGUCUUCGCGGAGUGGCGUGACCGCGUGGGGACGCAACAACUGGAGCUGCUGCUGCUGAGUCUGCUGGAUAAGGAGAACGAGAUGCCGGGAACCAGCUGGCGGGUGAAGGUGCAUAGCCCGGAUAGUGAGGACCACCUGCCGCCUAUCGACCCCAAGGCCGCCGCGGCGGGGGCGCAUGCCCACCGGCAUUCCAAUGGCCGCAGCGCCUUCAUGCAGGCGGAGGAGGAGGAGGAGGAGCAGGAGAGGGGCGGGCUGGGAGAUGGGGACGAGGAUCACCUGCACAGGCGCGCCCGCUCCCAGACCGACUUCGUGGCGCAGUGGGUCCGCGUCCUCUCGCGCCACAUGACCACCGCACUGGAGCGCUACGGCGCCAACCCGGGUGGCCCCACGCCGGGACGAGGCCCUGCACUCGCGGACGCCUCCGCAGCAGCAGCAGGCGCCUCCUUCUCCUCCGCUGCAGGAGGAGGCGGCGGAGGCCAGCUGCUGCUGCGACACCAGGUGUCGGGUGCGGGCAGCGCGGGCCGGGGGGCCGCUGCUGUCCGCUCUCCCUCACUGCUGGGCAGGGCGGGUGCGGCGGCAUCGCCUCCUCCCUUUGCCUUGCCGGGCGGUGGGGUUGGCGUGGUUGGGGUGGAUGUGUUGCAGCUGCCGACCCCCCGGGGCAGUGCCAGCGGGGUGGGGGGUGGCGCAGGGGCGGGAGGCGGUGGGAGGCGGGGGGUGAAGGAGCAGCCUAGCAUUGGUACCAUAGAGGAGGAGGAGGGAGAGGGCGAGGAGGGUGGGGACCAUGCACAUGCACACCCCCAUCCGCAACCGCACAGCCACCAUCACCACCACGGUGGUAAGGAGGAAGAGGGGCAUGGAGGGGAAGAGGAGGAGGAGGAGGACGAUGAGGAGGAUGAUGCGAUGGACGCGGAGAUCCGCCGGCGGCUGUCCAAGAUGGAGAGCAAUCUGGAAAUGACGCGGGCGCAGUCGGGCGCCAGCGGUCUCACCGGAGACGACGGUGAGGGGCUGGAGGGUGCCGGCGGAACCGGUGGCGGCGGUGCGGGCGGCGGCGGCGGCGGGUUCGAUGACGACGACGGCGCCAGUCAGAGCGGCGGCCCCGACUAUGACGGCGCGUCGGCCAUGGACCUGGAUAUCGGGGUGGAUGCGAGGAGGAACCGACUGCUGAAGCGGAUGAUGAAGGCGCUGGCGGGUCCCUUCCUGGCUGAGCCGCUGUCCCGGCUGCACCUGCGCACACUGCUGCUGCUGGCGGUUAUGGUGCUGUCACAUGCGGUGUGCUACGUGGUGCUUGUCAACCUGGUCAACCUGCAGUUCGGAAACGUGCGGGCUGUACACCGCAUGGCGCUUGCCGCCGACCGCUGCCAGCUGGCGGUGUUCCGAGCACAGGUGGCCUCCUUCUGCAGCCAGCAGGACAUUGCCAAUGUGAGCGUGUGUGAGGCGCCGCUGGCGGACACGCUGAGUGACCUGACGGCAACACUGGAUGACUUGGAGGUGUACCACCAGGCAAUCUACCUGGGUGAGAAGGCGGUUCCCCGCACUCAGUCCGACUCAGAGCUGCAUUACACGUGGACCAGCAAGACGCAGAGCUACAAGCUCUACAUGGACGUGGCUGAUCCCCACUGGACCAACCUGACUGCGGGCGUGUGGCAACUGGGCAACAGGUUCAUAGCUGCGGGCCGGGAGCUGCUUUGGUGGGGCGCCAGCAGGGAGGGGGACAUCAGCGCCCUGCGCCCCUUCCGCUUCCUGCUCUCCAACGGACCCUGGUCGCUCUUCUCCGCCUACUCCGUCUCCCUGGACUACCUCACACGCAGCGCAUGGGAGGACAUCACCAGCCUGCAGAAGGCCAUCCUCGCGCUGCUGGUGAUUGAGGCGGCGCUGGUGCAGCUGGCGUGCAUCUGCGCGCAGUGGUUCCUGGUGCGGCGGGUGGAGCUGGGGCGGCGGGGCGGGCUGCUGGCGGGGCUGGGGCUGCCGGGACCCAUCCUCCGGGUGCUGGCCAGCAAGCCGCUGGUGGUGUUGGAGGACAGCGACAACGAGGAUGGAGACGACGAGGAGGGCGAGAUGGGCGGAGACGGGGGCGGAGAUGGGGGUACCCUAGGCGGCGGCGGAGGCGGAGGCGACGAUGCAAGCAACCCCCACUCCUUCACCCGCCAAAUGUCCAGCGCCAGCGGUGUCGACGACGAUGAUAACGACAACGGUAACGGCCGUAGGAGCCUGGGCGGCGGCGGCAAGACCACCCCCCACCACGCCUCCAUCGGCCCCACCUCUGGCGCCGACGAGCGAGCUGCCUCGGUGUUGGAACGAGUGGGCAUCGUCGGCGGGGGCGUGGGUGCGCAUAUCGGCGGUCGGCGCGGCGCGGUGGUUCGGCCGGGUCCGGGGGGGCGCGUGCAGGUGAACGGCAAGGUCCUCAGUUCGAGUCUCAACCACGUCAUUAAGUUCAUGGCGCCGCUGGUGCUGUGGGAGGUGGCGCUGAUGGUGGUGCUGGCGGUGACGUACAACCGACUGGACGGGAUGCAGGACCCUCUCUCCUCCCUCAACAUGGCCUCCCGCGUAAUCUACCGCUACACCCGCGUGCGCAUGGCCUCCUUCCUCCUCGUCUCCGGAGCCACCCCCGCCGACAGAUCCCAGUGGCGAUCCGUACUAGCCACUGAGGUAGCAAAUCUGGAAAGCGAGUACGACACGCUCAUGUACGGCGGCCUGAGUACGACACAGAUUGGCACGGUGUUUGAGCACCCCGUGCCCGCGUCCACGUUUGAGAGUGUCAGCUUUGCGAGCAACUACUUCAAGGACGAGAGAUGUUUUCGCUGGGAUCAGAGCCAGUGCUACAAGCCGGAUAGCCCGUACUAUGAGGUGACCCAUCACGGGCUGGACGUGAUGAUGCGGCGCAUCAUAUCGGAGAUGGGCCUGCUGGUGCAGGACGCGGAUGCGGAUGCGGUGUACAACGGCACGAGAUACACCACCAUGUACAUGGUGGGUAUGAAGGACCUGUACGAGGGGUUGCAGAGCUCCGCACAGCUCUUCAUGGACUACAUGCUCAGCAGGUACAACCUCAUCAAGACCAUGCACUCCAUCCUGCUCAUCGUCUCAAUCCUGCUCGUACUGUCGUACGCCCUCCUCAUACUGCGGCCGUACCGGGCUGCCGUAGAGCGCGAGGCGGAGCGCCUCGCCGGGUUGCUGAGUCACGUGCCCGCGGAAAUGGAUGUCGUGAGCCAUGUACGGCAGGUUUUGCGGGCGCAUGCCAGGCUUUACAUCCGUACGCGUGCCGUCGUACGGCAGGUGGCGAUUACGAGCGAGGACGGCACGGGGGCGGGUGGCGGACCCAUGGGUCAGGGAGGCAGGCGGGUGUCGGGAAAUGGAAUGGCUGGGUCGCCGGGUAGGAGGGUGAGCCUCCAGGGGAACAGUGUUGGUGCAGGAGGGCUGGGUAAGGCUGCGGGCAUGAGAAACGUGGUGUGAAGAGGCGUGUGUGUGUUUGACACGCGUCGACGGUGUGUGACUCGCACAAAAAUGUGGCUACGAUCACAGCGCUUCUCUUGACACCCGUGGCAUCAUAUACCGGUGUGAUCUGUUGUUGGGUAAAGGAGGGGAAGGAGCAAAUAGCUUGCUGUCCGGCUAGUUUAAAGUUAUUUCCUAGUCUUCUUGAAUGGAUGGCAGACUUCACAGACUGCACAGGUGUGCUUGUCGAUCACUGUUGCGCCUCGGUUUGUAUACAUACACACAUAGGGUGCUACACAUAGGGUGCUAUGUAUCUUCUGAGCGGAUCAUCGGAAUGCGCAGCAGAUAAUGUUCGGGUAAUUCGCA